CAAUGCUUGCUGUCAGUCCCUUCUCCAUUCCCCCGCAUGUGCAGCCUCUACUUUCCCUUCCUUCAAUCUGCCCGAUGCCUGACCCAACGACUCGCCGUUUCUCCCUGCGGUCCUUUUUCCACAGUAAAAAGGACCGCCGGCCGACCUCUAUUGCCACCACCUCGGACUACCUCUAUGAGAAGAUCCCAGACCAUCAUCAUCAUCAUCUCCCGGAGCUAGAAUCUCCCUCGCAACCAUCCCCCACGUCUCCCCGCGACCCCCCAACCCCAACCACACCACCACCACCAACCCAACCCACCGCAUUCCUCUGGCAAGACAUCGACUCCCCUGCAGACUCAGACCCCGACUACCCUCACUACCUAAACGACGACAUCACCCCCCCAAUCUACCCCACCACCACCACCACCACAACCACCAAAACCACCAAAACCCCAGAGAAAACCCCCGACCUCCCCCCCGACCUCCAAACCAUGAUCACCACCACCAAACAAGCCCUCCACGCUCAACUCACCAACCCCGACACCCCCAUUACCUCCCUCCCAGGCUACAACGACGUCAGCGGCGCCGUCGUCGUCGACUGGGACGGACUUCCGCAUUUCCUCUCCCCGCAGGAAGAAGAAGAUCGGAAGAUGAAGCUCCAGCGCGCGGUCAAGGAGAAGAUGUUGGGGUUGCCGAGACGGACGGAUUUUGAGUGGGAGCGGCCGGGUCAGGAGCAGGGAGGGGAUGUGGGAGGGACAGUGGGGAGGAGUGUUUCGUUGCCGAAGUAUAGUCCUGUGAAGGGGAAGGCGGAGGGAUUGGCAAUGGGGAGGGUGGGGGGGAGGUCUUCGGUGCGGUGAUUAGCUGUUUCCAGUGGAUGUGCUUUGGCUAUUUGCCUUUGGCUGGAUGAAUGGGAUGUUGAGGGCCAGGCAUUGUCUGUCUGGCUGUCUGGCUGUCUGCUGCUUGGCAUGAGUCGGUGGAUUCAUCGUGGUUGCUUUGCUCGACCGUGGAAGAGAAUCGAUCAGGGUAUGAGCAGACAGCACAGCAGCACCAUCACGAGCCGAACUGGAAUUGCAUCACGAUUAACGACUUACGACACCACAUGACAGAUCGAGAGGAUACAAUUUUAUCCCCGUGAAGGAUCAACCACACAAUCGAACAAUCAAACAAACUGCGACUUUUGUUGUUGAUGCUGUAUCAAUCACCACAUAUAUACACGCACGCACGCACGCACCUUUUACCUCCAUUCCAGUAUGUAGCACUGUACUAUACAUCCAUCACACAUGCAAUUCCAAUCCAAUCA